AUGGCUGCUGUUCAAACGGAGGUUUCCCUGUGCUCACAACCUUGGCAGAGGCCCCUGUACAUCUAUGGGGGGCUGCCAUGCAACUCGCUGAUGGCUGACUCCUGGUCGGACAGGACUCCUCUCCAUGAAGCCGCCUACCAGGGCAGACUGCUCCACCUGAGAAGCCUCAUCGCUCAGGGCUUCCAUGUGGACACACUCACCAUGGACAGAGUCUCUCCCCUCCAUGAGGCUUGUCUCGGCGGUCAUUACGCUUGUGCCAAGUUCCUGUUGGACAAUGGAGCAAAUGUGGAGGCGGUAUCAACAGACGGCGUCACACCUCUCUUCAACUCCUGCAGCAGCGGGAGUGCUGCGUGUGUCAGGCUCAUCUUGCAGCACAAUGCCUCCAUCGGCACCACCUACCAGCUGGCAUCGCCCAUCCACGAGGCCGCAAAGAAAGAUCACAGAGAGUGUCUGGAGCUGCUGCUGUCCUACGGAGCUCAUAUUGACAUGGAGCUGCCGGUGGUGGGGACACCGCUGUAUUCCGCCUGCAUGGCUCGGGCCGCCGCCUGUGUAGAGGCGCUUCUACACUCAGGAGCAGAUGUUCGGAUGGGGUGUGGGCAGGACAGUCCUUUACACGCUGCAGUUGGAUGUGAAGGAGCAAACAUUGUGGACCUUUUGCUGGACUUUGGGGCUGAUGGGUGUUGUAGGAAUGCAGAGGGAAAAACUCCGCUGGAUCUGUCAACACCAAACAGCGCAGUGAGAGCUGCACUGCAGAAAAGGGGUCCCUGCUCUCUGUCACAGCUGUGUCGGUUCUGUAUUCGCCGAAGUCUGGGAAGGAAUCGUCUCCACAGGACGUCCAGCCUUUUCCUUCCUCACAGUAUCCAAGACUUCCUCCUGUACCAGUGAGACACAUCCAACCUGCUUGUGAGGCUCUCUGUGUGCAACGUACACUAAUUUGUCCUUCACAUUUUGCUUUGUGAUUGACCUAUGAGGCAAAACAUGUCAGAGGGCAAAGACAUUCACAUUCAGAGAAUGAUGGAGUUUUGUCAGGCUUAUGUAUUUUAUAAUACGGUUCCUUUUAAUAAUAUAAACACCAUUUACGUAUUAUUCAAAUGAAAUAUUUUGGAUACAAGUGUUCAGAAGUUCAGAGAUGCAUUGUAUACAUAUUGUAAUGACUGUAUCAGGUUUUGUAUUUUUAUACUUUUAAUGAAGAGCUUUCCAUUUGAUGUCCUCGGAUUUUGCUUUAUUCCAACUUGUUUUUAAAGGGAGAUUCCAAUGAUUUUACACAUCAAUAUCACAGGCGUUGGGGAGUACUACUGCAUAUGUGAAAACAGGUGUAUGAAGUCUUUGCCUCUAGAGGGAGCUGUGUAAAAUCUGACAGUAUUAUAGGAUGCUAGAUGCAAUGCUAGAUCUAUGGAGUGCUCUUUUAUGAUGACACUGAUACUGUAAUGUUGGAUCUGUAGGUCAAAAAAAGACAAUGGGAUGCUGUGGAUCAAUAUUAAAAUGAUGAAGGCAAGAAGAGGUAUGUGACGUGUUUUAAGUUGCUGGAUUUACAGAAUAGGUAUAAAAGAAACAGGCUUUGUUUGGAAUAUGUCAGUGUUAAUGCACAGGAUAUGAAUAAGAACUGAGGGAUUUACAUGACAGUGGUUUUGGGAUGAUCAGCAAAUGAAAAUCAUGAUUGUCACACACAUUGUAAAGUGUCAAAUCUAUGU